CUACGGCCAUUCUCACGACUGUUACUAUCUUCCAUGAUUGCUUCGUGGUUGUUUGUGAAUCACCGUGGGCAAGCAUAGGCGUGCGCAGCUCCGGAUCCCUGUCCAAAACACCAGAAAAUGCAGGACUCCUCGGUCUCUACCGUGUACAGGAACGUGAUCGACGAUGUCAUCGCGCGAGUGAAGGCAGACUUUGUGCAGGAGGGCGUUGACGAGGCUGUGCUGGAUGAGCUGCGUGUGCUCUGGGAGGCAAAGCUGCAGCAAAGCGGUGUUCUGGAGCCUGAAAACGCACCCACACACGCGCUGUCAGGGCUUCCACCGCAGUACCUCACUCCAGGACUCCAGGCUCCAAAGAUAGAGCAGCAGCAGUAUGGUCGCCCAGGCUUUCAGACAGCAUCCGUGCAGCAGCCACCUCUGCAAGCACCAUACACCCUUGCAGCACAUGACCUUGUUGCAGCAGCAUCAGAUCGCCAAGCUUUCGGCCCAGCAGGCCCAUCUGGCACAGGACCAUCUCUUGGCAGCAGCUCAGCUGCAGGCACUGCAUUGCCGGGUCUGACAGGCGACAGCAGGAAGCGCAAAGCAGAAGACCCACCAGGCGCAUACGAAAACCAGCAGAGGCAAACACUUCCAGCUCAUCAGAAUGGCACAAUCCCACAGCAGGAUGGGUCAGAUGAUCCACAAGAGCACGACAAAGGCAAACAGGAGAAAGAAGACAAUCUCUCGGAUGUCAGUAGCGAUGACGAGAAGGAUGAGGAGUGCGACAAUGUGGUCAUCGCGCAGUUCGAGAAGGUCUCGCGCACCAAGAACAGGUGGAAGUGCCAGCUGAAAGACGGCAUCAUCACCAUCGAUGGCCGUGACUAUCUCUUCCACAGGGCCUCAGGCGAGAUGCAGUUCUGA